AUGAGAGCUGUCAAGACGUCGCACGAGCGUUAUGCUUUAACCAACUACGUUGUGGCCAAUGCCCAAGAUUUUUCAUCUCAUACUCGCUAUAUCUUGGUCGAGCAUCAGUUUGUGUUUUCAAUCAAUUUUGAGGAUGGCUUUCCAGUAGGAUGUUUAGGAUUCAGUAACUUGCAGCGCAAAUGGAUCAACACACCACUUAAUAAGGAAAUUGAUGUCCAACCGUUUGAUCCGAGCUUGGAUGGACAUGAUGUUUAUCUCUCGACCCUUGAAGUUGAGGUCGCAUUGAUGGUGAAGAACAAUGAAUUCCGAGGCGAGUUCGAUGCGAAGGAGAUGUCACGUCAGUUCAUUAGUGUUUUCAAUAAUCAAGUUUUAUCAAUUGAGCAAGCUUUGGUGCAGGAUUUCCAGGAGGUUAGGUUGAUCAUGGUGCCUAAGAAGGUUGAGCUUGUUGGCUCGGAUGCACUUAUGAAUGGUUUACGUGGACCAGAUGGACAGGAAAUCCAGGGACGAACUGGUUUCCGUGGAGUGUUAACCCAGCAGACUCAAAUUCAGUUUGUGAGGGCUCAAGACUCAAAUAUUAAACUUCGAGGUGCGGCCAGAAACAAGCCUGCAGUUACUCUCAUCCAGCCUGAUUUCAAGUUUGAGGAUAUGGGCAUUGGUGGAUUGGAUAAGGAAUUUAGCAACAUGUUCCGUCGUGCCUUCGCCUCCCGCAUUUUCCCACCAUCAAUUGUGGAAAAGAUGGGUAUCCAGCACGUGAAGGGUAUCUUGCUGUAUGGUCCUCCAGGUACUGGAAAAACAUUGAUGGCUCGUGAGAUUGGCAAGAUGUUAAACGGUCGUGAGCCGAAGAUUGUGAACGGGCCUGAGGUGCUGUCUAAAUUUGUGGGCCAGUCUGAGGAGAACAUCCGAAAACUGUUCAUUGACGCUGAAAAUGAAUACAAGGAUAAAGGCGAGGAUUCGAGUUUACAUAUCAUUAUCUUUGAUGAAUUGGAUGCGAUCUGCAAACAGCGUGGAUCCAAGAACGACAACACAGGUGUAGGAGACUCGGUUGUGAAUCAGCUUUUGGCAAAGAUGGAUGGCGUAGAGCAGUUGAAUAAUAUUUUAAUUAUCGGUAUGACCAACAGGAAGGAUAUGAUCGAUGAGGCCUUGUUGCGUCCAGGACGUAUGGAAGUCCACAUGGAAAUUGGAUUACCAGAUGAGCAUGGUCGACUUCAGAUUCUGAAGAUUCACACUCACAAGGCUAUGCAAAAUAACUUGCUUGCCUCGGACGUCGAUUUGGUUGAGUUGGCGGCAUUGACCAAGAACUUUACAGGAGCAGAGAUCAAUGGUCUUGUUAAAUCAGCCACAUCGUUUGCAUUCAACCGUCAUGUCAAGGUUGGGACACUGGCUGGUACAACAGGCGAUCUUGAGAACAUGAAGAUUCAACGUGCGGACUUUUUAGGCGCUUUGGAAGAAGUCCACGCAGCUUUUGGAUCAUCUGAAGAGGAACUUGAUGCUUGCAUCACCAACGGCAUCAUCCAUUUCUCGCCUCAGAUCGACAGAAUCCUCAAAGAGGGUCAGCUUCGUGUAGAGCAAGUGCAGCACUCUGAUCGCACACCUCUUGUCAGUUUAUUGCUUCAUGGUCCUCCUGGCGCAGGAAAGACGGCAUUGGCAGCAACAAUUGCUAUAGAAUCACAGUUCCCAUUCAUUAAGCUGAUUUCUCCUGAGACCAUGAUUGGUAUGAGUGAGAUACAAAAAGUAAAUGCUAUCCACAGAGUCUUCCAAGAUUCGUACAAGUCACCAUUGAGUGUGAUUGUGAUGGAUGAUAUUGAGCGUUUGUUAGAUUACACUCCAAUUGGCUCACGCUUCUCCAACACAGUCUUACAGGCCCUUGCAGUGCUACUGAAGAAACAACCACCCAAGGGCAGGAGAUUACUUGUUUUGACAACGACAACGAGACGACAUGUGCUGGAGGAGAUGGACCUGAUGGAUUCAUUUUCAUCUGAGCUAUAUGUGGAGAAUUUGAGGACGCUGGAGGAAGUGAAUUUUGUGGUAAAGGAUCUGCAACUGUUCAAAUCAGACGAUGAACGUCGGACUGCUAUGGCUACGCUUGCCAAGAGUGGCAUUGAGUCCAAACUUUCAAUCAGUGUCAAGAAGUUGCUGAUGACCAUUGAAAAAGCACGUCAAGACAAUGAUUUGGUUGGUCGUUUCGUGAGCGACAUGAGCAUUUUUUAA